AUGACUUUUUUGAGCUCAGUACCUUCCGUGCAUGGUCUCGGUCUCCAACUCCAAAGCGCUGGAGGUACAGACACACGUCUUUCUGCUCGGCCUCAUGCUAGAAGCUAUCCCAAGCCUCUCUUCCUCGCCCCAUCGACCUCUGCUCGCGUUCAUGGGUGCUCUUCUUCCUUAAGAUGUGACAAUCUCAUUCCGUUUCGACCCACGAACCAAACCUUCCAACCACGUCCGCAACCACGAUUUUCCCUUCUCUCCCCCAAAAUUGAACUUGUGCAACGCAGUGCCAUACUUCCGCAGCGUCUGGCAGCAGAGAUCAGCACCUGCUUGUCCCCUCGGGUUCAAGCCCAUCAAGAUCACACAUUCGCCGCGACACGACCCACCUGCACACGCCGUCGGCGGGUUUUGGAAAUCCACGAGAGGACAGCUUUUCUUCUUGCAGCCUUCAGAACCUGGUCUCAUGCAGGGGACUUCCAGUUCAGGCAGUGUGAUGUAGUGGUGGCUGAUACCUUGGCCCUCACGCUCGUAGGGGCUCUGCUCGAAGCAGGUGACGACGAGGGGCCCGCACAUUUUGGUGAAGUCUUAGAGGCGAAGAAGGGCUUGGGUGAAGUUAAAGUGAAAUGCGAUGAAACGGCAAAUCACUUGAUGCAGCAAACAGCGCCCUUCCAUUCGAUUCGGCAAACGUAUCCAAGGCGUCGCGGAACAGACAUGAGCCUUCUUGAAAUCUUUGACACGAUGUCAGUCGGAGGCGCGUUUGAGCCUUCAUUGAAGUUUGCUAUGCGGUCUGAGGGGAGCUUCAACAAAGCUGCAGCCUGUGGCACGGCAACGAACGAAUGGUCACCCAUUCCCAUACCAACUCAUGCUUCUGCGCCGACGCCAACUGAACUUGAGGGGGAUGAUCUCUCGAUCACACUUCCAUAUCCUGUCGCCCGGGCCAAGGGUGAGACAAUGGCCGACGAUGCUGUGGAAGAAGCGACAGAGCGCAAGUUGCGCAAGAUACCCAAACUUGUCGAUCUGGCCGUACGAGGAGAUUUCGAUCAAGUCACAAAAAUCUGCGAUCAGCCGGACAAGCUCGCGCUCGCAAUUCGGCGGCAUCCACGACUGCAAGAUAAGUAUGGCGCCUGUGUUCUCGGACCGGAUGGAUGGCUGCGUGCUGUCGUAUGGCCACAGACCACGAAGCACGGACGUCAACGAGAAGUCGGAUCUUCUGACCUGAAGAUAAUUCUCGCCCUGGAGUCCGCGCCAGCAUCUGUCUCAAAUCUCGACCAAGCUCAGAAUACCGCUGAUUCUUGUUGUAUCGCAUGCGAAGCUGGCACGGCUACCUCGACAUUGAAGCGAAUACUUUUGGAGACGCCACUAAUGCUGGUAUGCAAAUCGCUAGCCUACUGUGGCAAACAGCAAAGUCGUUUGGGACAGUAUAAAGAAGGAAAAGCAGAAUGCGUUUUCAACCUCGAGGCUUGUCAAACGAAAAUCGAUGCGAUACAUUCCAAUCUCACCCGCGCUGUGCAAGCAGUCUUUGAAACUCGUGAGAUUUGGACACGCACACCAUCAAGAAAGCUACAGGUGGAUUUCUUGUUCAGAUUCGCGCUCGUCAAAUGCGACGGCUACCUGACGCUCAACACCUGCGACGACUCGAUGAUGAGUAGGCUAGUAGCCCAGCUGUUGUCGAACGAGGCUCCCUUGCACGUUGCAAUCUAUGCAUCGGCCUCACGGUUGGCCGCUGCAGCACGUGCCAAUACAGGCCCCAUGCCCAGCGGCCAGUAUGUCGUCAUGCUAACCUCAAAGCUACCCAAAACGCCACGCUAA